UAAAUUUUCUAGGGUUUAAAAGCAAGUGAUAAUUGUAACUCACCAUAUAUAUAUAUAUUUAUAUCUCUCCACCUUAACAGAGCUAGGGUUUGGGGAGCGCUGAGACUUCAGCAAAGACGAAGAGCUCUCAGAGACUCUGAAAAACUCAAAAUGCCUAAGCAGAUCCACGAGAUCAAGGAUUUCCUUCUUACUGCCAGAAGGAAAGAUGCACGCUCUGUGAAGAUCAAGAGGAGCAGAGAUGUGGUCAAGUUCAAAGUUCGCUGCUCAAAGUACCUCUACACUCUUUGUGUAUUUGAUCCUGAGAAGGCAGACAAGUUGAAACAAUCUCUUCCUCCAGGUUUGACUGUUCAAGAUCUGUGAAAGAUGCAGUCUGGUCCAAGGAGAGAUAUGAACAAGAAUUUUCCUAUUUCGUGUUCUAUUUUCAUGGUUGAAAUACUUAGUAUUGGAUUUUGGCUUGGCACUUCAUUAUGAUAAAGUUUCUGUCGAUCAUUUAGUAGUUAAUGUCACUCUGAAAUUUUUCUAAACGUUUGUAGUUUUUUCUUUCAA